CAUUCAGAUUACCAUGGCAACGGGAAGACUUGGUGGGGUAAAUCAUGAAUGGGCCACGCAGAUCACUCGGCUCCUCUGGUGUCGUUUUAAAAGGCGCUGCUCAUUUCUGUCUGAUUUGUAUUCUGUCCGUGGAUCUCCGUCUGCGUGGUUGCUGCUAAUGCGCCGUCCGUGAGCGCGUCACGAGACCGCGGCCCGGGGUUAUAUUUAGGCUCUGAGAGGAAAAUAACGGCUCAGGGUGAUUCCUCUGUGUGCUGGACUGGCUUUGUCAAGGACCUGGACACUAGAGCGCAGAAAGGAGGAGGAGGGGGUGGCUCUCCCUACUGCUGCUGCUGCACACAAAUACCAAAAUAGGAUCGAGCUGCCUACGACAGUCCUGAGCUAAAUUGAGGUUCAUGUGUUUUGAAGAGGAUCGCUUAGAGGAGCGUCGGUGGGGAACAAACAUCCAUGGAAAUAUAUAAGAUAUAAUGUCUAAUAAAAGCGAGAUCUACACAUAUGACUUCUGUGACGGGGAGCAUCCUGCGGAGCUCCUGGAGGCUCUCAGGCAUUUCUACAUCCGCGGCCUGUUCACCGACGUGACCCUGCAGUGUGGCGAGUCCGAUCAGGUGUUCCACUGCCACAGAGCGCUGCUGGCGGCCCGCAGCUCCUAUUUCAAAGUCAUGUUCACUGCCGACAUGAGGGAGAGAUCCGACAGCGUUAUCAAGCUGAGCGGCGUGGACUGCGCUGUCCUGGGCUCCCUGCUGGACUACGUCUACACGGCCCGGGUGCGCGUCACCGAGAGCAACGUGCAGAGCCUGCUAGAGGCUGCGGACCUCCUGCAGUUCAGCAGGGUCAAGCAGGCCUGCGAGGAGUUCCUCAUCCGCCUCCUAGAGGUGGACAACUGCCUGGGCAUGCACACAUUUGCUGAGCUCCAUCAGUGCCCCCGGCUGCAGAGGGAGGCCCGCAGAGUGAUGCUGAGCAGGUUCUCGGAGCUCAUGGAGCAGGAAGAGUUCCUGGAGUUGGACCAUGAGAAGAUCAGGUCUGUUCUGGCGGAUCAGAGCCUCACUGUGCAGGGAGAUGAGGCGCUGGUAGAUGGUGUGGUCAGGUGGGCGUCCCAUGACUUGGAUAGUCGGGUUCACUGCGUGUCAGACCUGCUCCACUCUAUCCACCUGAGUCUGGAUGACAUUUACUUCAAAACUUCCUUGGAGGUGCACAGGCAAUAUCUAACAAAAAAUGAUGGGAAGUUAAAAUCCAUGAUUGUUCAGGCGAUGAGGUCAAAUGGCAAGGAGAUCCCUCCGAGCAGAAAAAUUUCCCCCAGUAUGUACAUCAUUGGAGGAUACUACUGGCACCCUCUGUGUGAAGUGCACAUCUGGGAUCCUGUCAGCAAUACGUGGGUGCAGGGGAAAGACAUGCCUGACCCUGGAAGAGAGAGCUACAGUGUCAGUCUGCUUGGCGCAAACAUCUAUGUGACUGGUGGAUACAGGACUAACACUGUUGAAGCCCUGGACACUGUUUCAGUUUAUAACUGUGACUAUGAUGAAUGGACAGAGAGUUGUCCCAUGAUUACUGCCAGGUACUACCACUGCUCAGUGGCUCUACAUGGCUGUGUUUACACCAUCGGAGGCUACAGAGGAGGAGCCCCAGAGCAAGAGACUGAAUUUUAUGAUCCUUUGAAAAAGAGAUGGUUUCCAGUGGCCAAAAUGAUCCAAGGUGUAGGAAAUGCCACUGCAUGUGUAAUGGGAGAAAAAAUCUACGUGACUGGAGGCCAUUAUGGGUACAGAGGAAGCUGCACCUAUGAGAAAGUCCAAGUCUACAGACCAGACAUCAAUGAAUGGAGCAUCGUAACACUUAGUCCACAUCCAGAGUACGGUCUUUGUUCUGUGUCUCUCCACAACAAGUUGUAUUUGGUCGGUGGACAGACGACCGUUGUGGAUUGCUACGACACAGAGAGCGACGAAUGGCGGCCCAUAUCAGUGAUGAAAGAGAGGAGGAUGGAGUGUGGGGCUGUGGUGAUAAGUGGGUGUAUUUAUGUAACAGGGGGGUACUCCUACUCAAAGGGAACAUACUUACAGAGCAUUGAGAAAUAUGACCCUGAGUUGGACUCGUGGGAGAUAGUAGCGACCCUGCCCAGCCCCGCCAGGUCACAUGGUUGUGUAUGUGUUCAUAGCGUCCAUUGACUGACUACAUGAAUAUAUUGUUCUGGACAUUUUUAUGUAACUUUUCUUUUUUUUUUUUUUUACAAAAUAGAUGGAAUUGUCUAUUCACAGCAUUCACUAGAGUUUGAAGAAGUCUGUGGAUGACCAUAUGAUCUGUUAAGCUGUUCAGAGUACAUUUGCCAAAGUGAUAUAUGAAAAUCUCAGGGGUCUCUAAAUGAGUAUCGUAGUUGUCUUUUAACAAUUGUUGAAAGGUUUUAAUUAAUUUUUAAGUAUUUUAAUAGUUUAUACAGAAAUCCAUUUUUAAUUGCAGGACUGCACUUCCACUGCAAUUUAACUAAAUAAAUUACUUCACUCUCUUUAACUGCUAAA